CCAAUGUUUAAGAAGAUGAAAAACAAUUCAAUUUUGAUAAUUAUAACAUUUGAAAAAAUACCCAUUAAAAUAUUUCAGAUAACAAAUCGUCCCAAUAAUAUUCCUGAACAAGAAUUUUAUAGAAGACAGCAACUGCAGCAGCAGUCAGGACAGAAUGGCAACAACCCGUAUGGCAAUACCCAAAACCCAUAUGGCCAGAACCAGUAUGGCAACCAGAAUAACCAGUAUGGCAACCAGAAUAACCAGUAUGGCAACCAGAAUAAUCAGUAUGGCAACCAGAAUAACUAUGGCAAUAACCAAUAUGGCAACAACCAGUAUGGCAACAAUCAAUAUGGCAACAACCAGUAUGGCAAUAACCAAUAUGGAAGCAGUUCAUAUUAUGGAACCUGUGGAUCUGCAAUCAAUGUUUGUCAGUUUACAGUUUUUGUACCAAAUGGCACAGCUGUUUAUAACUACUAUAUGACCUCCCUAGGCAACCAGAUUACACGUGACUUACCUCGAUACAGAUGGGUUUUACGGAGAUUGAUUAUUCCAAACCAGCUGGUUUUCAUUGAACAGCUUCCGGUUAGCUCACAGUCAUACCGAUACACGGCUCACAAUGGAGAUCAAUUAAUUCUUAGAAAGGAAUCAGAAAACACUGUUCGUCUGUCCUGGAGCGGAAUGUCUGCACGAGUCAUAAUGUCAGAUUUAGGAGCCACGAAUGGUGUGGUUCACAUCAUUGACACUGUGUUGUCACAGUUGAGUGACCAGACAGUAGACAUUAGUGCCAGCACAGCCCUUUCAGGAAAUUUCUGUGUCUUUGGGUUAAUUGCCUUUACUUUGUGUUUGUUGCAUAAACUUUGGAGAUAGUCAUGUUUGUUAAGAAUUUUCAUUUACUGCAUUUUUUUUUUCUCAUUUUUAAGUCAAUGAUACGUAAAUUGAAUGUCUUUAUAUAGAAGAGUUUCAUCAAUGAUACAUAAUGUCUUUAUAUACAAGAGUUACUUUUAAUCUGAAUGACAAGAUAUAUUUUAUAACCAUGAAUUGUUUUUAGUCUAUUUGAUACAAAUGUUUACAGACUUAUGAUAUAUCUACCAUUUUUGUUAGAAAAAAAAAUCUAUGAAUUUCCCUUUUUUUACUUUUAUAAUACAUUAUAUCUUUAAGGCAGGAUUUUAUAGGGAGUAAUUUCAUAUACACAUUAGCUAAUGCCUGUACUGGUGCAGCAUUAAUUACUAAACUACUAUUUUUAAGAAUUUAUGAUAUAUUGUUCUAAUUAUGAUUUGAUUUUUAUACAGUGCAAAAAAUUCAUUCAUUUAGAUCAUAAAUUUUUUUAUUUUUCAUCUUGCCAUUUCAUUAUGCAUUCCAUUUAUAUAUUUCAAUAUGCAAGACAGUUUGUCUUAAUGCAGCGAGACAUGUUUGAGGGUUGGUUUGGUUUUUCGCAUAAUUGAAUUAAUAUCAUCCGUGCCUUACGAUGUUCAAGAAUAUCGGGCCCCUGGUCCUGAUUUCAGGCUUCUGACUGCCAGAAUUUCCCUAUAUAACUCUAUUGAAAAUUGAGAUUUUGGGUUUGAUAAUGUAGAUUUUCAGGUUUUUGAUUUUUCAAUGAAUCUAAGUGACAAAGAUGACAUAUAUAUUUAUCAAGUGUCAAAAUCACAUAGAAAAAUAAAUGCUGUGAUUUCCAUUGAGAAUCAAAGGGAAUUACACGGUCAGGCCGCCUAAGACAACUUUCUUAUCUAAUCAGAUUUCAACUUCUCCCCUAAGAAGACAUGAAUUUUUAUUCAAGUUUGAUUAUGCGUAAAGCGUCAAACCUUUUCAAAUAUGACUGUAUACUAGAUAAAUGCAUAUAAAUUCAGGAACUAUCGUAUAUUCCCUUAUUAAACCCCUUUCACCCUUAAAUUCUGACAUUUUUGUAUCUAUUUGAACUAUAAAUCAAACUACUAGCGAUUAAAUUAUUAGCUUGCCUGAUUUUCCAGGAGGUAUUAUCGUCACUUGAUUGUUGACGUUGGUUAAAUUGUUUUAGGUCAACUUUUUUUCCCAAAAACCAUAAGAGCUACAGCUUUGAAACUAUGUACACUUGUUUGCCAUCAUUAGUUGACUUAGUAGGCCAGGAACCAUAUCUCUGAUAUAUAUUUUGUCAAAAUUGUGGCCCUUUUUGUACUUAGAAAAUUUAUCAUCAUUAGGUGACUGUGUAGGCCAAGUACCAUAACUCUAACCUGCAUUUUGUCAGAAUUAUGGCCCUUUUUGUUCUAAGAAACUUUGAACUAUAAAACUCUUGUUACAAUUGUAGCAACAUCAUAGGGAUGAUGUCCGCUUAGGACAAAAAUUCACUUCUUUUUUUUUUGAAAAUAUGGAGGGGGGAAGUGUUAAUCAGGGAAUAUAUGGAAUAUAUUAUAUACAUUCCAAUUGUCUAGUGAAAUGUUCAUGUUUUGUGACACACAUUCCAGCCACAUUGUAAAGUUUUAUUUGUUUUGUCACACAUUCCAGCCACUUUGUAAAGUUCUAAUUGUAUUGUGACACAUUCCAGCCACUUUGUGAAGUUCAAAUUAAUAUUGUCUGGUGGUAUAUCAAAAUCUGCAGUGUUGUCUUCGAAUUUGUUUUUGUUUUUUUAGAUAUUUCAGUCUAAAUUUUACUACAUUCCAAUGGUACUAUGAGAUAUUUGAGUCAAGGUAGUUCAAAAUAUUUUGUGAAAUAUUUCUAUGGGACAGUAAUUUCAUAUCAUUUAACCCUGCUAUUUUACAUGCAGUGACCAUCUAGCACAAAUAUUCAUUCACUUGUUAAGGAAUCAUAAAGAUAUUGUUUGAAUUCCAAACAUUUGUAAAUAACACGUUGUGAUACCCUAUUCUUUCUAUAUCAAAAGAGAGCUCAUCUCCAAAAUUAUAAUUUUCAAAACAUUAAAACCUUGUCAGCAGGAGGGGCCUCCAAGGCUGAGUGGUUAGAGUCGUUGACUUCAAACCAUUUGCCCCUCAUCGAUGUGGGUUCGAAACCUCAUUUGGGGCGUAGAAUUCUUCACGUGAGGAAGCCAUCCAGCUGGCUUACGGAAGGUUGGUGGUUCUACCCAGGUGCCCGCUCGUGAUGAAAGUAUGCAUGGAGGGGCACCUGGGGUCUUCCUCCACCAUUAAAGCUGGAAAGUCGCCAUAUGACCUAAAAUUGUGUCGGUGCGACGUUAAACCCAACAAAAUAAAUAAAUAAAUUGUCAGCAGGAUGAAAUAAUCAUAGAUCUAUGUGAAGUUUUAGUGCAACUUGGCUGCGUGCGAGCUUUGGAGGAUAUGCUCUGUUGUUGAUGUAACAUCUUCCCUGAACCCCCAUUCAUUCAGCAGCUGUUAAGUCUUCAGAGGACUUGAUCACUUGAUAUGUGAAGUUUUAAUUGACAUUUUUGCUGCUGUUUUAAUUGAUAUUUUUGCUGCCUAUGCUUUGUAUAUUUUGAUGAAAAAAUCUUCAAAUAUAAAAAAAAAACUAACUGUUAAGGUAUUACUGCCUGACUAUUUAUAUAAAAUCCCCUUCCAUAGUUUGUGCUGUUGACCAAUCUAUAGUUCUACACAAAAUUUUGCUGGGUUAAAGUCAAAUCAUUAAGGAAAAAAUUAUGAAAAAUUAUUUCUGAUGUCAUGUAAUAAAAACGUUUUCGAAUGGCGUGCUGGUCAAUGUUCACAUCAUUGACUAGCAAGUCAUUCGAUGAAACGAGUUCCUAAUAGGGAGGUAUAGAAAAAAAUCACCUGCUUGUUUCAUUGCAUUUAUUUAUACUUCCAUGCUGUAUUUUAUACUGUAAAAGCAGAAAUUUUGCGAGGGUUUAAUUAACGCUAUAUUCGCGAGGCCCUAGAUCUAGUGAAAAUUAAUUCUCGCGUAAAUAUUCAUCAUUAGUAUAAUUAUAAUUCAAGUAGGAUAUCAUUUUUACAAUUUCCCGAAUAUUAAACCUCGCGAUCAUACUCAAAAUUUCAAAUUCGCGAAAUUUUGACCCAGCGAAAAUACGUGCUUUUACAGUAUAAUUGACAUCUAAAUAGUCAAAAAUUAAUCAUGAUGUAUCAAACUAGUUUGUCUCGAAACUCUUGAUUUUUAUGUACAUUUACUGAUAUUUAAACAUGUAUAUCUAUUUCUAUAUCUAAAUAUACAUUUAAACAUGUAUAUCUAUGUAUGCUUGACAAAAUUAAAGUUUGCACGCUAAUAUAGAUUAGAGAAUAUAUCAAAGACUUAGAAGAAAAUGAGAGAAGCUGUGAGGUCUAUGCCCAGUGUUUCUUGAUAUUUGUUCAACUUUUAUCUUGCUGAAAUGUAAUGAAUGACGAAAAACAUUGAUCUUGUGUUUCUGGGAAAAAAAAAACAUUUUCUGAAAUUAAAAUAGGUAAGGUUUUUGGCAAACAGCCAACAGUAAACGUAGAGCUUUUUCUAUUUCAUGUAUAACCCUUAUCGUGCUGGACACAAUUGAUUCUGCCUUUGCGACCAGUGUAGAUCAUGAUCAGCCUGCACAUCUGUGCAGUCUGAUCAAGAUCUGCACUGUUUGCCAUUCAGUCAGUACCUUCUAACAGUUAGUGGUGCUGUCCAGAUUGAAAGAUUGGCAAGUUCAUUAUAGAAAUUUAGCAGGGUAAGGGUUAAAGAGGAGAUAACAUAAUUAUUUGUAGUAGCAAAAAUAGGAAUUUUUAAUCACUAUUAUUUAAGAAUACAUAUGUAAAUAUAUAGCUGUUAGAUCUAUUUAAGUGCUUGCUCUUACAAAAUAAUAUGUAUUUAAAGAGGUCAAUAGUGCCAUAAAAAUAAAUAAUUUCAUAAUUUAUAAAAAAAAAAAUGACAUUAUACAUUGUACAGUCUUAGUUGUAUAUUUUUCUAAAAUGUUUUUCAUAAUUUUUGUAUAAAAAAAAAGAUAGAUUAAAGAUAAUAAAACAGCCCUAACAAAAUAAAUUUCCAUUUCUUUUACGGUAUUGGACCCGUAAUGACUUAGCAAAGUAUGUAUUCUCCAUUAUGUUGUUUUUCAGCAUUUACAGGAAUUAACGGAAAGUCAUGCAUGCUUUGAGCUGCAUUUACAUCGAAAGAAUACGGAAUCGACAAAUAAGAAAACAUUAGAACUUGGAAAUUGCCGAGUGUCAAUAUGGGUCCACUACCUUAACUGUUAGAAAUUUGCAGCAUUAUUUUAUUUUUUUUAUACUUACAACAGUCUACCUUUUAUCUAUUUGAAACAGCAUUAGCAUUUUUCAUAUUUUUAUCUGGUAAAGGCAUAGUAUUAUUAUAAUGUUUGAUUUUUAGCUUGACUAUUCGAAGAAUAGGUAGGGCUGUUGGACUCGCACGUGCAUCAGCGUCAGUGUUGGCGUCUGCGUCAUGAUUUUGUUGUGUUUUGUAUGUAAUCUGGUAUCUCAGUAACCACUUGUGGCAAUGCAUUAAAACAUCACACUUAUAUUCACUAUGAUAAACUAAUUUACAAUGCAAUUCUGUUUUGCUUUUUACAAAAUUAUGUCCUUUUGGAUUUAGCAGUUUUUGGUAAAGUUUUUGUAUGUAAGCUCGUAGCUCUGUACCCAGUAAUGGGAAUGAAUUUGAAACUUCACACACUUGUCCACUGUGAUGAGCUGACAUGCAUUGUACAGGUUUCAUAAAUAUGCUUUUUAUCUUUACAAAAUUGUUCCCCUUUUUCCGACUUCUUUAUUCAUUCAGUUGAAAAGGCUAUUGAAUAGUCAAGCGUUCCUGUGCUCUGACAGCUCUCGUUUUCCACCUAUUUUCUAUAUUUAGACUGCUCCAUUAACCCAGACAACUCCUGCAUUUUGGGACUUCGAACAGCAGGUUUUGUACUGUAAUUUUACUAUCCAUUAAUUUAAAAUCCACCUGUCAUGUUUGUAUAUGUACCACAGGGUCAGUAUCUGUUGUAAUACUCUACACCUUGCUUGGAAUAGAUCAUAAUUAACUCAAAGAUCAUGAUUAACUCAAAGAUCAUAAUUAACUCAAAGAUCAUAAUUAUAACUCAACAUUUGUCCAAGUUUUGGAGUUUAACUUGCAGGUUUUAUGAACAACGCAAUUAUUACAUAAACAUGAGAUCACAGUCCAGUAGUAACAAAGACACAUGAUCAGUAUAGAACAACUCUUGUUCAAAAACGUGAAAGAAGCAUUUCAGAUUAGAACAUAAAACGUUCAUCUAUAUCAUAAAAAUCAUUAUUACUUUUACUCAAAUUCUAAAUGUUACUAUAUCAUAUUAUGGAGCCUGCCCGCUUAGCUCAAUAGAGUGAGCGCCGAUCUACUGAUCACGGGGUCGUGAGUUCGAUCCUCGGGUGGGUCUAACUAAAAUGAUGGCGUUAAACCCAAAACAAACAAAUGUUUAUUUGCCAUAAGCAGUUAUGUUUUGGCACCCAGGCUUGAAAUAAGUGCAAAGGCCUUCCCUUGCAAAAUAUAUCAGUAGCAGAAAAUAUAGUCUAUAAAACAUAGUUGAAGACCUUGAUGUGAUAUUAUGGUUAUAGUGCAUAGAGUACGUGUGCUGUUUUACUGUUGAUAUUAUGAGAGAUGCUUUACCAUAUUUAAUAUAAUUUAAUACAAUAGAUAAUUCUGGAAAAUGACAAUGAAAUGUAAACUUGAUUUUGUAAGAAAAACAUUCCGUGCGUACAUUUACAUUAUAUUUUCUUUAAAAAAAGGAUUCUUUUGUAUAAUUGCAACUUUUUAUUAUUAAGAAAUCAGGACUUUCUAUAAAAUUUGUGAAAUGACUACAUUUUAUCUUUUUUGAAACCUACUUGGUCUCAAUACUGAUACUAAAUAGAGUAAUUAGUUAAUAGCUUGUAUCAUAAAUUUGUACAUAGCUGUAUAUACUUCUAUGGCAUUUUGUAAUUAUAAUUGUAAUUUUAUCAUAGGACUAUGAUUGUUCAGUAAAUAUGAUUAAAUCAUAUAGGAUUCAAUCCAUUCUGUAAAUUACAUUCUGUCAUGUUUUCAUAUGUACCAUAUUUACUCACCUAUAAGACCAGAUUUUACUCCUAAAAAAUCCAACCAAAAUUAAUGUGUUGUUUGGUCUAUUAAGUAGGGCUGUCAUCGAUAGAAACGAUAUCGAUGUAUCAACGAUUUUUUUUUGUCGAUCGAUUAUCGAUUCCCAUUUUCAAAAAUCGAUAUUUUACAGGGAGAAAAAACUACCCAAAUAAACACUCAGACCCUAAAAAACAACUUAAGUUCACAAAGUUGUAAAUUUGGAUGAAUGCAAAAAAGGAGUGAAGGCAAAAUAAAAAUGAAAGAUGUUAUUAAUUUUUAUGUAUUUCUUUUAUUUCAUAAUUUCAAAUACAACACAAUGAAACAGAAAUAUGGAAAGUAGGCAAUAAAACUUAAAAUAGCAUUUACAGGAAGGUAUAUAGUAUUAUAUGAACAAAUAGGUCGUUAAUCUAACUUAAUAAUCAGUAUAUCGAUGUAUCGUCGAUAUUUGUCUUCUGAUAUAUCGGUAUCGUCGAUACGCCUAAGACCCAAUCAAUGACAGCCCUACUAUUAAGUGAAUCAAUAAUCCGAUAAGUUUUUAUGAAAAAAAGUCUGUAAAUACCGACAGUUUUGAAGUUAUUAGAGGAAAAAGUCUUACAAAUCGUCUUAAAAAUGGGUAAAUACGGCAUUUAUAUUGAAGUUAAGGAUGUGCUCGAUUUUUAGUAGAUUUAAAGUUUUAAAUAUUUUUAUACAAAUUUAGUUUUAACGCAUUCUUCAUGACAUUUAUGUAUAUCAUUAUGUGUGUAUAUAAUCGCAUGUUACAUAUCAGUGUCUUGUGUAUAUCAUAUCAUAGAAACAUAUCUGUAAGAAAUAAUGGUAAUUAACAAGAAAAUGUAAGUUUCUACAUUUUAAUGGUCAACAAAACCACCAGUUUUCAUAAAGUUUAUGAAAGAGAUGAUUAAUUUGUGCAGUCUGUUUCAUUUAUUUUCUCAUUUUUCAACAGCAAAGUGCAAUUCAAUCAUUUUUUUUAAUUGAUUGAUACUAAUAUCGAUAAUUUCUUGCCAAGAUUUCUUUUAACUUGGAAAUAACUCUGGUUUAUUAAUCUGUCAAUUUUCAAAAAAAAGCCUUAACAUGCACCAUAUUAUGUAGAUUGUUUUAAAUUAAGGUGGCCCACAUGAUUAGUACAAUAGGGAGAGCACGGGUCUAUGGAUCGCUGGGUCAUGAGUUUGAUUCCCGGAUGAGGCAUGUGUUCUUGGUGACACUUGAUAAAAGACAUUGUGUUUGAAAUCACCCAUCAUCCAUCUGUAGUUCAUGUGGAGAAGUUGGCAGUUACUUUUUAAGAACUGGUUAAUACCGGUACAGAAUCUAGGAACCCUGGUUAGGUUAACUUCCCGCCUUCAGUUAACUGAAAUACUGUUGAAAAUUGGCGCUAAACCCAAAACAAACUAUCUAGAGGGGAUUAUACUUAAUGAAGAUACUGAAGAAAUGAAGGCAUGUACAACUUGUGUUCAGUUUUAUGUACUGUUGUAAAGUAAGCACAAUUUUUAAAGAAUUUGUACUAUCAUGAUAGCAAUUUUUAAUUUCUGAAGUAUGCAUCAAUUUAGGACAAAUUUUACAUCAUUUAUAAGUCUAUACAUAAAUGUUUAAAUAUUCUAACUUUGACGCUUUUUGAGCACCAGUAAGGCUUAUAAAUUUCUUAGCUAUUAAAUGUAAGUUGCUCUGUGCGUUUUAAGUACAGGUUUAUCCUUACAUGUAAUUAUUUUUAUACCACUAUUUUGUUGUAUAUCGCAUAUUAUGUUCAUUGCCAUUAUGUGUACAUAUCCCCUUUUUACACAAUAAAAUAUUUUAUUAGUGAUAA